AUUUCCACAGAGUCACACGAUCACGGCCGCACGAAGACUCACUCGUACAAUUUGGUUACGAUAUUGACUCACUGAGACUCAGCUCGCAUCCUAGACGAGUCCUCACUAUGGCGGACACAAACCCUCCCGCGCAGCCCGCUGCUGCUCCCGAGAGCGCAGAGAACCUACACACUGACCCGGUUACGGGUGAGCGCAUAAGCAAGUCCGAGUUGAAGAGGCGCACCAAGCAGCGAGAGGUGGAGAAGAAGAAGGCAGAGAAGGCCAAAUCGUUGCCGAUACAGCCCAAGAAGGAGGGCUCUGGCAAGAAGGAGGAGGUUGAACUUAAUCCCAACCAAUACUUCGAAUUGAGAUCCAACAAGAUCAACGCUUUGAGGCAGACGAAGCAGCCCAACCCAUACCCCCACAAGUUUCACGCGAACACCCGGUUGCCACACUUCCUUCUGGAUAACAAGGAUUUGAAGAGGGGCGAGGAGCUCAAGGAUGUUGAGACAAGGAUCGGCCUGCGGGUGAUGUCGAUCAGAUCUUCGUCCAACGCGCUCCGUUUCUAUGUCUGUAAGGCUGAAGGAAAGACUGUUCAGGUUAUGUGCCAGCUCCAGAACGCGAAGGGCGAUGUUCCUUUCGAGAAGCAGCACGAGAAUAUCCAGCGUGGAGACAUCAUUGGUGUAAUCGGUUGGCCAGGCGUCACGCAGCCCAAAAACAGACCUGACGGCGGAGAUCUCAGUAUCUUCGCUCAGGAGGUCAUCCUGCUCACACCCUGCUUGAGGAUGCUGCCGACCGAGCACUUUGGAUACAAGGACCAGGAACAGCGUCACCGCAACCGCUUCCUCGACCUCAUCAUGAACGACUCGACCCGCGAGACCUUCAUCACACGCUCCAGGAUCGUCAAGUACGUCCGCCAGUACCUCGACGAGCGCGAUUUCCUCGAAGUCCAGACACCCAUGAUGAACAAGAUUGCUGGCGGUGCUACUGCACGACCAUUCAAGACACACCACAACGAGUUGGACAUGGAGCUCUUCCUCCGUAUCGCGCCUGAGCUCUACCUGAAGGAGCUUGUGGUUGGUGGACUCGACAGAGUCUACGAGAUCGGUCGCCAGUUCCGUAACGAGGGUAUCGAUCUGACCCACAACCCCGAGUUCACCACCUGCGAGUUCUAUAUGGCCUACGCCGACUACGAGGACGUGCUGAACAUGACCGAGGAGCUCGUCAGUGAGCUGGUCUUUAAGGUGAAAGGUUCUUACGAGACAGUUUACCACACACAGAGCGGAGAGGAGUACAAGGUCAACUGGGCCAGGCCAUGGAGGAGAGUGAACAUGAUCCCUGCGCUUGAGGAGGCCACUGGCGAGAAGUUCCCUCCCGCGAACCAGCUGCACACCACCGAGACCAACGAGUUCCUCAAGAAGGUGCUCCAGAAGAUGAACGUUCAGUGCUCAGAACCCCGUACCAACGCCAGGAUGAUCGACAAGCUCGUCGGCGAGUAUAUCGAAGAGACCGCCAUCAACCCUACAUUCAUUGUUGGCCAUCCUGAGGUAAUGAGCCCACUCGCCAAGUACCACCGCGACAUCCCCGGUCUCUGCGAGCGUUUCGAGGCUUUUGUCUGCAAGAAGGAAAUUUGCAACGCCUACACCGAGUUGAACGACCCCUUUGACCAGCGUCUGAGGUUUGAAGAGCAGGCGAAUCAGAAGUCGCAGGGUGACGACGAGGCACAGCUCAUCGACGAGACCUUCUGCCAGGCGCUUGAGUAUGGACUGCCGCCUACGGGUGGUUGGGGCAUGGGAAUUGACCGACUGGUCAUGUUCCUUACUGACCACUACUCGAUCAAGGAAGUCCUGACUUUCCCGUUCAUGAAGGAUGUUGAGGAGACCAAGAAGACUGCCGCUGAGGUUGUUGAUGUCACGCCCAAGGCUGAGGAGGGCAUCUUCCACAAGUAAGCGUAUAAAGGCAUUGCAGGUGCAUAGAGAAAGAUGGUACACCACAUGAGCAACGCAUCAUGAGUCACGGAAAACGAUUUGAGACAAAAUAAAAC